AUGGCGGUCGAGUUGAUGCCUGGAUACAAUCUCACGUCUAAAAUGGAAGUGAGCGCCGCCCAGGAGGCUGCCGCCGCCGGCCUCCAGAGCACGUUGACGACCAUCAACUUCGCGUCUCCGGCGGCGUCGUUCAUGUCGUCGCUGACGGGGGACACGGACAGCCUGCAGCCGUCGAUGACGUCAUCGGGGUUCCAGAUCACGAACCUGUCGCAGGUGUCCUCCGUGGGCCGGCCGCCGCUCUCGACGUCGUCGUUUAAGAGGAAGUGCAGCUCCAUGGACGCCGCCGGUGGAAAGUGCGGCGGCGGGUCCUCUCGGUGCCAUUGCCCCAAGAAAAGGAAAUCGAGGUUGAAAAGGGUAGUGAGAGUUCCGGCGAUAAGCAUGAAAUUGGCUGAUAUUCCACCGGACGAUUACUCAUGGAGAAAGUAUGGUCAAAAGCCAAUCAAGGGCUCACCUCAUCCUAGGGGAUAUUACAAAUGCAGCAGCGUGAGAGGGUGCCCGGCCCGAAAGCAUGUUGAGCGGGCCUUGGACGACCCGACAAUGCUAAUCGUAACAUACGAAGGAGAACACAAUCACGCGCUCUCCAGUACAGAAGCACCACCUGCUCUGGUUCUUGAAUCAUCUUGA